UGUAACACAGGAAACAGAAGAGAACUUUAUGAAAUAAUUCAAAUUUGUAUUCCAAGAACUUUAAGGAAGACAAUAGGCUUAUAAAAUGAGAACGCACUCUUACAGACGGGAACCAUUAGAGGACAAGAGAAAGUCUUUGGGCACUGGAAUAUUAUUGCAGAAUUCAAAAUUCAACGGAGGCCAGACAGUGUUGAGUCACCCAGGUUGCACACGGAACUCUGCACUUCGGCUCCUCACCCCCGGCGGCCAGGGGUCCCGAGGGCGCACUUCCGGUCCCAGGGCACACCCGCUGCCAUUCACCAGCCACCUGACCUGGAUCCUGCCCUCUGUGGCGCUUGGGAGCAGACUUUGUAGUCUGACCAUUGUCCUAUUCACCGCACACGCGCCGCCCACCAUGGCCACGGCUGUGCCCUCGCAGGUGCGCCACAACUACCACCCCGACUGUGAGGCCGCCGUCAACAGCCACAUCAGCCUGGAGCUCCGCGCCUCCUACGCGCACCUCUCCGUGGCCUUCUACUUCGACCGCGACGACGUGGCCCUGAAGCACUUCUCCCGCUACUUCCUGCGCCGGUCGCACCAGCAGAGGGAGCACGCCGAGAAGCUGAUGGGCCUGCAGAACCGGCGCGGUGGCCGCAUCUGCCUUGGCGACAUCAGGAAGCCCGACCGCGACGACUGGGAGAGCGGCCUGCAGGCCAUGACGUGCGCCUUCCGCCUGGAAAAGAGCGUCAACCUGAGCCUCCUGGAGCUGCACGAGCUGGCCACCGACAAGGGCGACGUGCAGCUCUGCCGCUUCCUGGAGAGCCACUGCCUGCAGGAGCCCGUCAAGACCAUGGAGGAGCUGGGUGGCUACCUCACCAGCCUGCGCAACAUGGGGGCCCCGGACGCCGGCCUGGCGGAGUGCCUCUUUGACAAGCUCACCCUGGGCGGCGGCGGCGACCACAAGGGGAACUGAGCUGGGACUGUCCCCACAGCCACGGGUCCCUUCCCCGGGUCAGGCCACAAGGCCGGGCGAGCAUAUUGCCCCUCAGAAGUUGACUUAAGUUUUUUCCUUUCACUUUUACCGUUGUUUCCAAUAAAGUUAUCUGCUUCUUAAAGCA